UUAUUCAAAAACGAAAAGCUAUGGGCUUAUUUUCUUUGUUAGUCCUACAGUGAUGCCUGUAUUUCUCCAAUACUAUAAGUUUAAGCCAGCUAUUGGGAGGACCCUGCAUGCCAUGAUUAUAUUUACAGUCGUUCAGGCACUGGGCUUUGUACUCAUUAUGGCAGGACUGUAUGUUACUGUAACUGAGUGUGCACCAAAAUAUGGCCCCCUUCUAAUUUCAGGUUUGGCCAUAAUGACUCUAGUAGAAUUACUCGGACUAAUUUACAUGAAAUGGCUGGAUCCACUGAUAGGGUUCAUAUAAGACACCAAG